UGUGGUCUCGCGAACGCGGGAACAAACGGACGCUUCCACUUUGUUACGGCGGGACAGCCUUGUGUUUAUCAAAGUAAAAAGUUUUGAGUCAGAUCCCGCUGCGCACUCACUGCCUCCGGCGUAAACGAAAAGUUUGAGUAAGAACUCCGCCCGUCAGCUGGCGACCUCUGGGGGUGAUGGAGGCUUUUCAUAAAGUUGAGAAGAUCGGUGAGGGGACUUACGGAGUGGUGUACAAGGCCAAAAACAAAGUGACGGGCGAGACGGUGGCGCUGAAGAAGAUUCGCUUGGACGCGGAGACAGAGGGAGUUCCAAGUACCGCUAUCAGAGAAAUCUCGCUACUGAAGGAACUGAAUCACCCCAAUAUUGUCAGGCUGCAUGAUGUCAUUCACACAGAGAAUAAACUUUACCUUGUCUUCGAGUUCCUCCAUCAGGACUUGAAGAAAUUCAUGGAUUCAUCUAAUGUCAGAGGUAUCCCUCUGCCUCUCAUCAAGAGUUACCUGUGGCAGCUGUUGCAGGGUCUUGCCUUUUGCCACUCUCAUCGUGUCUUGCAUCGUGAUCUCAAACCACAAAAUUUACUUAUCAAUGCUGAAGGUGCCAUCAAGCUGGCGGAUUUCGGCUUGGCCAGGGCAUUUGGAGUUCCUGUUCGCACCUACACCCAUGAGGUGGUGACACUAUGGUACCGACCCCCUGAGAUCCUGUUGGGUUGUAAAUACUACUCCACAGCCGUCGAUAUCUGGAGUCUGGGAUGCAUCUUUGCUGAAAUGGUCACACGUAGGGCAUUGUUUCCAGGUGACUCAGAAAUCGACCAACUCUUUCGUAUCUUUCGGACCCUGGGUACACCAGAUGAGACAGUGUGGCCGGGUGUCACCUCCAUGCCAGACUACAAAUCCACAUUUCCCAAGUGGGCUCGACAGGACUUGAGUAAGGUGGCUCCACCACUUGACGAAGAUGGUCAGGAUCUCCUUGCACAAAUGCUGCAGUAUGACCCCAACAAGAGGAUCUCAGCCAAGAAUGCCCUACUGCACCGUUUUUUUCGAGAUGUUACCAUGCCUGUUCCAUACUUGCGUCCAUAAGGUGAAUGCUUGGAGAUGUACAUGUUGGCCAGCAUCAGAAUAAUCUCUUCACUGACUGAGAAGGGCUUCUAAGUCUCACUGUCCAUAAAGAUAACUGGGCAGGUGUUUCCAAUGCUGGGGGACCAACAGAGCAAAAAGAUAUUGUGGCUUGUCUCAGCCCACUUUGGAUUCCUGGAGUGAAAGGAAAGUAUCGUAGUGCAUUCAAUUGCAGCCAGUCUGUUCUAUGGCUCUCAUGAAUCCCGACUGCUAGGAUUUGAUUUGUAUGACUUGAUUAGAUUAAGAUUUUAAGGUUCAAAAGGGAGUGGGUAUGGGUUUGUGUUAUAUUGCACUCCCGUUAUAUAGAUAGAUCUCAAUGUUUGAGAACUUGUAUUCAUACUCUCUUUUUAAAAGUGGGUUAGGGUUUAAAAGGUGCGUAUUUGAUUUUGCAGAAUCGCACACAUAUUGUGGGUGGGUGGAGUGGGCAGGGGCUUUACUGUUUAUCUUUAGCAAUGACUCAAAAUUAGAAAUGUGUUUCUUUGUUUUAAAGGAGCUGUUCGCAAUGGGUUAGACUGUGGCUUUUUAAGGCCACCUGUGCACCACCAGGAGAAAUAAAACUGUUCUUGUUUUUGUCUUUUCUGCCGUUCAGCCUGUACAUUCGAGAAAAAAGUCACAAUUUUUUAAUGUAAUGGGGGUUGGGGUGUUUCAAAUAAGAUGUUCUAUGGUAAAUAUUGUGUUUUUGUGCUCUGUAACUUCUGUCAUAGAGAGGAGAGGUGUAAAGUGGGGGCAGUUUUCUGUCCAGCAGUGCAGUAUAUGUAAAAGACCCUAUAAAAUCCAGUACACUUGCUUCCAAAAUUUGUACCAACACAACUGCUCUUCACAUAGAAAAAUUUACCAAAAGUUUAUUAUGUAGAUAUAGACAUUCAUUUCUGUUCAAACAGCCUCAGCUAUUCAUUGUGACAGAAUAUGUUGUAGUUAUACAUUUUUUUUUCACUAGGGUAAUUUACCUUAUUAUUUGUAAUAAUCCAGCUUUUUAUAUAAUAAUGUCAUUUUCAGCCCUUUAUUGAACAUUAAAUAUUACAGUAAUUAAUACAUCUGCACUUUUAUUCCUGGGUUAUUCAGCUCUCCUGAAGCCAUGUGUUAUAAGGAGAAACUACAUGCAUAAAUAAUAAUUUAACAACCACAUUGCAUUGGUUUAAUACAGCUUGCCAGUCAUGAUCAGAUACUCCCACAACUAUUUUGCCAUGUGAAGAGCAGAGCAUAUGACUUUUGGUAUAAUUCCAAAGUGUCUUGACCUGUAAUGUGCUGUGACUGAAUGCUUCCCCCACUGUAAGUCCUUCUUUAUGUCUUUAAAUUACCCUGAUCUAUCUGUCUUGUCUUUCUGACCCACAUUUUCUGUGCCUAGCUUUUUCAUGUUUUGCACAAUUUCCUUGCAGGUAUGGUACAGCUGACUGAUUACCAAUAUCAUUCUGGUCUUCCAGAGUCUGUUCUCUAACUUGUUAAAAAAUAAUAGGCUGUGAAGACGCAUUUAAAUCAAAUUAAAAGAUGUGAAAGUUUU